AUGUUCAGAACUAUAAUUGCCCUUAUUUGGUCAGAACGGGUAGGCCGUCCCCGACUUCUCCUACCAUCACUUCUACUAGUUAGUCUAGACUAUCCAGGUUCUCCUGGCAAUAUGGACCAAGUAGACGAGUUGGAUGAGAAUGGACUUGUUGGCUUUGCAGUUCAUAGUAGCCGAAACAUUCUCCAACACACAUUUGGAACGCCUCUAUCUAUUGACCAGGACUCUGAUCCAAACAGAAAUAUGGACGGCAAACUCACGAUUAAAUAA